AUGGCGGACGGCAGACCCCAUCAUCGGGCCGCCCAGCCUGCUUCAAUCACGAGCAACACCACCACAUACGAUGCCACCUCUCUCAGCAAAGACUUUGAACAGUUGAUGCGCACCAAGCGAUUCAAUCAACUUCACGAUUCUGCCCAGUCGCGAGCUAGAUCUCAGUCGCCGGCCCCUUCUCACACCAGUCACUCGAUCCCGCCGCCCUCACGAGCGCCGCCACCUCCUCCUUCCCUUGGCACCGAAACGCGCCCGGCCUCGCAACCUCAACUACAACCAUCCAGCCCAGCUCUCCGUGGCCUUCCGAUCAUGCCAUCUCCUCCUCACGAUGCGGCUUCGCUCAAGUUUUUUAACCUGCUGAAGGGACUCUCGGUUACGCCGACCAAGUACGAAAACCCAGGUCUCCUCGACGAGGCUCUGUGCACUCUUCCACUCGAUCGCCUGUAUUCCGAGGCCGAAGAGGAGUCUCAGAUCAUGCAGGCUCAGGCUGCCAGCGUGGGAGGCAAGCCGGAAUGGGGAUAUCAGGAUUGUGUGAUUCGGGCAUUGUUGAAGUGGUUCAAGCGAUCCUUCUUCCAAUUCGUCAACAACCCCCCAUGCUCCAAGUGCUGCAUGCCCACGAUUGCACAGGGCAUGACACCCCCAUCACCCGACGAGACCGCCCGUGGCGCCACCCGAGUCGAGCUGUACCGCUGCUCCGACCCAAGCUGCGGUGACUAUGAGCGAUUCCCCCGUUACUCCGAUGUCUGGCAAUUGCUUCAAACGCGCCGAGGUCGUGUGGGUGAAUGGGCCAACUGCUUCAGCAUGCUUUGCCGUGCCGUUGGUGCCCGCGUUCGUUGGGUAUGGAACUCUGAAGACUACGUCUGGACAGAGGUGUAUUCCGAACACCAGCGUCGCUGGGUGCACGUGGAUGCCUGCGAGGAAGCCUGGGAUCAACCUCGUCUCUACACUGAAGGAUGGCGUCGCAAGAUCUCGUACUGCGUUGCAUUCUCCAUUGACGGUGCGACCGACGUCACCCGUCGCUAUGUCCGCAAUUUCUCCAAGCACGGCAGUCCUCGCAACCGUACCUCCGAGGAGGUCGUUCUUUGGUCGAUCCAUGAGAUUCGCCGAAAGCGCCGUGAGAACAUGCCCAAGGCUGACCAGCGUCGCCUCAUCAAGGAGGAUGAGCGUGAGGAACGUGAGCUACGUGGCUACACGGCUUCCGCCCUAGCGGCCGAGAUUCAGAACAUCCUCCCUCGCAGCUUGGUCGGACGUCCCGAUGAGCAGAAGCACGCGGAUGCUCGCCAGGAAGCCGCCUCAGAGUGGCUCAGUGCCCGUUCCCAUGGUCACUCGGGACCGGACCGUUCCAACGGUGGACCAUAA